AUGUUUUCCGGCGAGCCGUCUUCAACUACGUCGGCAGGUGGAGUCCAUUCCCCUGCACCGGUACUGACAACGUCGAUCGCUGGCCAGCCAUCUACAACUGGGUCCGCAGGUGCGGUUGUUUCACCUCAACCGGUAUUGCCAACAUCGAUCGGUGGAACACCAUUGACAGGGUCGGUGGGCGUAGCAGCUCCAACUGUCGUGCUUGUACCAACAAUAAAUGGUGAGGCAGCUACUGUUGGAGUGACGAACGCGGGGCAUGAGCUUGUGGGCAUUCCAGUAGCACCUAGUGGCGGAACGGCUUUUGCUGGUUCGGCGGGUGGAGCAACUCCCACUGUUGUGAUUGUACCAACACCAAAUGGUGGGACUAUCCCCACAGUCACCACAGGCGCGGCCAGUCCAGUUGUAUGGGUUACGCCAACACUGAGCGGUGAGGCAGGUACUAUGGGAGUGACGAACGCGGGCCAUGAGCUUGUGGGAAUACCAGAAGCACCCAGUGGAAUUACAGGGACUGUGCUAGCGCCACAACCAACUAUCGGUUCGACGAACCUGGGAAUAAAUAAUGGUGGCAAAGUUCUAGCAGGCAAAGGGGUCCGGUGCUUCUCCCAUCCGCCUAAUGGUACUUGCCAAUCUACCGUUAAGAGGUGGUAUUAUGACAGCAAUACUAACAAAUGCGUCCUUCACUAUGUUGGAAAAUGUAAGGCUCAACCAGCCUUUCUAUUAUGUCGCCGAUGUGCGACAGUAUGUAUGGGUAUCAAAAUUAAAGAGACCGAAAAGAUCAACCAGACAUGCAGCAAUCACCCCUGAAUGGAAACUGCUAGACGACAUUCAAACUGGCUGCUCAACUGCGUGUUGUCUUAUGUGCACUUUCGUUCAAUGUAAUAAACGAUAUUUGUGAUA